GCUGAUAACUUUGACAGUUCUCACAAAAAACAUGGCCGAUGUAAAUAAAACAAAUUCUGACGUGGACUUUUAUUCACUUUAAAACGUAUUCAAACAGCUACAAUUCCUGUAAAAAUUCAUCAAUAAACUCAAAAUGGUGUACAUCAAAUCAGAUGGGACAGUUUGUGAGAAACCCCCAGUUUAUGAGAGAGUAUACAAUCUGAUUUUCGGGUUAUUUAGUGGAUUUAUAUUCUUCUUUACAUCUAUGUUUGGGUUUAAUUCUGGAGGCUUGAAAGGACGAUCUAGUGGAGGUUCAGGAAGAUAUGGAGGAGGAGGUGGUGAUGGACCUUAUAAGCCAGGGAAACCAGGAGGUUCAAAUUUCCGUACUAUCAGUGACAUAAAUCCACCCACGGUGUAUGGUGGUGGAUGUCCAGGAGGAAAUUGUGGGUUAUAAUCAAAAACCAGUUAAAAAUAGAUUUAUUAAACUGCAUUAAACUUUAUUCUUAAGAUUUUCUAACCAAAUAUUAAUAAAACUUUGUAUAUGAGUUGAUGAAAUUAACUCUAACAUUUGUAUUAAUUAAAACAAUUUGUUUUUUAACUUAUUACUCUGUAUUUCAUAUUCUAAUAGCUUGUUUUGACUAAAUAUAGCUUGUCUUUUUUAUUCGACAAUGAUAAAAUUUAUUUUGUAAAUAAGGAACUAGUUUUUUUUAAUAUAUAUUAUACAUGAA